GUAUGUAUAGCAUAUAUGAAAUCCUUUAAAUGGGAAGAUUCAGUUGCUGCAUAUGAUUUUAAUCUGUUGUCUGUGUUUACCUUUCAGGACUUUGAGGAGUCGUGUCACUUACUAAGGAAGUGUGGUGCUGUUCAAGUCAGUGAUCAGGAAGUGAAAGAGACUGAGGAGGGGCAGACCACAACUGCCUUCCUGCGAGCGCUGCUACAGCCCUUCAUAGAUGCCUAUCAGGUGGUGUUCAGUCACCUGUGUGAGGAGGGGGUUCAGGUGUUCACAGAGAAGCAGCUGGUUCCUGCAGUACGCACCCUGGCCUCACAGCUCAUCCUGUCUGGUGAGCUGAACUCAUAUGAAGCACUUUCAUCUGACACCCAGAAAAAUGUUCUAUCUGCACUGCUAAGACUGGAUGCUGUGACAAAGUCAAGAGUAGGAGUACCGAGUGAGUUCCAGGCCAAAAAAGCAGCCAUCAGAAAAAUAGGAGCUAUAAUGACUGGAAGAAUCCCACCACAGAGGCAUCUGAUUGCUGCACCGGAUGCAAGACUUUAGUCUCCAUGGUAGACACUUGUAAUCCUCAUGUGUCCAUCUAUGGCUCCUCCUAUACAUGGGCUAGAAACUUGGAGCUCUCAGACAAACUACCUCUGUCUGAAUGUGAAACAUGUAUAUUGCCAUUGAGACAUAGGCUGGGUUUCAUUCCUAAAUUGGGCUCCCUCCACUAAGGGUCAUAUUCAGUUGUUAUAUUCUAACUGAUAGGCAUUCUAAUUUAAGGGAGGGAGGUAGGUGGGUAAGAAGGCAGGGAAUGAUUGAUUGACCAUGAGUUGAGCCUUAAACAGUCUCAAAUAGUAUUAAAUGCUAGCUAGUGGCUUAAGUGCAAUUAAUAAAGUUAAGGAUAGGGUACUUUAGGGUCUUAGGACAAUUGGAGGUAGUCUAAUUACUGAUGCAAUACAAGCUCUCAUGUAUUUUUUCUUUUUAUGGGCAAUCCAUAAUAUAAUUACAGGUCUCCAUAAUGACAUACAAGCAGCAUACAGCAUCACAAUCAAAGAGAAAUUACAUUUAAAUUGGAAUAAAUGUAAAUUCAUUUUUUAUACAUCUCAAGCUAUUGCCCUGACAGGGCUUAUGAAUUUCCACCAAACAAUUUCCAUAAGGAAUCAGGAGAGACCACUGUGACCCUCAAUAACCAAUUCAUGUUCAACUGUUCUGUAGUUUUGUUUUGCCCGCAUAUCCCUGAGUUAAAUAAAAGCUGAACAGUUGAAUGUCAA